CCGCCAACUCAAACAGCCUCACCUCCUCCACCUACACACUCAGCCCGCCAUGUCGCUCGCUCGCACCCUCCGCCCUGCCAUGCGCACUGCGCCCCGCGCCAUCGCCGCUCCCGUGCCCAUGGCUCGCUCGUACGCCGCUCCCACCCCUGGCGCACACCCGCCGGCGGAGCAGUCCGGCUCGCGCAAGACGGGCACGACGCAGAUGCUCGCCGGCUCCGUCCUCGUGCUCGCCGUGAGCGCAGGCAUCUUCAUGUCGCUCGGCCGCGACAGCAAGAAGGCGACGGUCGGCGUGGGCAGCGAGGGUGCCUCCAAGCUCCAGGGUUCAAAGUACCGCGCGGCCAAGGCGCUUGAGAACGGCACGACGAGCGGCCACGAGGGCGUGCUCGGCAAGUCGGGCAGCCCCGCCAGCGUCGACCGCGCCGCAGAGGCGAUCCGCGAGCGCGCCGCCGACGCAAAGGACAGUAUCAAGGCCAAGUUUAGCGAGGCGAAGGACAAGACCGAGGGCCUGCGCGACCGCGCCGCCGGACUGAAGCGCGACGCUGAGGAAAAGACGGAGUCGCUGCGUGACCGUGCCUCGGAACUCAAGCGCCAGGCGGAGAACGCCACGCAGCGUUAGGCUUCCGAGCCGGCGGCGGUACAAUGAAUGCGUGAUUGCGAGAGCAGCGGC